AUGGCAUCAGCUUUUAGCUCAGUGAUCUCAUCAGUCUCAUCGUCCGCUGCUUCGCUCUUCGGUCGCUUGCCAUCAGCGGUUGAUCCAAUUCCGGAGGAGGAUCAGCAGGCAAAGCUUCGCAUUAAGCAGCUACACAUCUAUCCCAUCAAAUCUUGUCGCGGUCUUGCUGUGUCAUCAGCAACACUUGAUCAGUAUGGGCUGAGCGGAGAUCACACCAUGAUGUUCGUGGAGCGCAAAUAUGUGGAUGGAGAGACGAAGUGGGCAACCAUGACAUUGAAGCAAUGUGCCAGACUGGCACACGUGAGAGUAGACCUUGAUCUAGAAGAUGGUGAUAAGUGGUACAGAGUGAGCAUCGAUGAAGCAAGUAUACGCAUACCGCGACAGUUUGACGCCCUGGAGAGUUUGCCACGGCUGGAGAAUUCCAUUAUGUUAUGGAAAUGUCCGCAUCGUCCGAUCGAUCUGGGUGAGCCGUACGCGAGUUUCUUCUCAAAGGCCCUCGGAAGGAAAGUCAAGCUAUGCCACAGAUAUGGCGGACGUCCGGUAACUGGCAAUAUGCCAGACCUCUCUUCUCCUCGCGAGCUUGAGACCAACCUGAACGAUGCAUACCCGCUGCUGGUGGUUAACGCAUCUUCGUUGAAAGAGCUCAAUGCGCGUUUGGAUGAGGCAGUUACUAUGGAGAGAUUCAGACCAAAUGUGGUGCUGGAGGGCGAAGACGUGGAAGCAUGGGAUGAGGACACCUGGCAAACCCUCCAAGUCCUUCGGUCACAACAACCUGCUACCAAGGACGAGGACAUGGUGGACAAUUCAAAGAAACCGGUGAUGACCAUCCAUACUCCUAGCCGAUGUCCGCGGUGCGUCGUAACAGCAGUGGAUCUGGAUAAAGCCGAACAGACCCUACAACCUCUGAAGGAAUUAUCCAAGUACAGACGAGUAGACGAAGGCAAGAAGUGGAGUCCUUGCUUCGGCUUAUAUGGGGUACCAGAUGUUACGGAAGGUGAGCUGAGAGUAGGGGAUACAGUCCAGGUUACGGAGCGAGGUGAGCAUUUCUUCGUUGAACCGAGUCAUCCGGGUAUGGUUGUAUGA